GGAAGAAUGAGGUGGCGAGAAUAAAUUAAAAUCGUAAAAGAAAUUAUCCACACAUCGCAUUUUGUGUGUGCUCUGGGUUUCUCGGGUCAUUCAAAAUCAACAGAGCCAAACAAACAAACCAAACAUCUCUCUACCACUAAACAAAUUUCUCGCUGCUUCAAUGGCGUCGUUGCUUGAUUCCGUCACCGUUACCCGCGUGUUUUCUCUGCCUAUCGCGGCCUCGAUUUCAUCUGCUUCACCGGUUCCGUCUGUUUCUGUACGCCGUGUUUCUACCGCCAGGUUUCUCGAGUUUAGAGGUCUAAAGGCUUCCCGGAGUCUGGCGUCUCAGUCGGUGCCGAAUCGCAGAUCCCGAUUCGCUCGCGGUGGAAGAAUCGCCUGUGAGGCUCAAGACACCACUGCCGCCGUCGAAGUACCAAACCUGUCUGAUUCAGAAUGGCAAACACGGGUUCUCGAAUCAGAUGUCCCGGUAUUGGUCGAAUUUUGGGCGCCAUGGUGUGGACCGUGCCGUAUGAUUCACCCCAUAGUUGACCAACUGGCCAAGGACUUCGCAGGCAAGUUCAAAUUCUACAAAAUCAACACCGACGAGAGCCCAAACACAGCCAACCGUUACGGGAUACGCAGCGUUCCGACCGUUAUCAUAUUCAAAGACGGUGAGAAGAAAGACAGUAUCAUCGGAGCUGUCCCUAGAGAGACAUUGGAGAAAACUAUAGAAAGAUUCUUGGUCGAGUAAACUAAACCCAAAAACAAAAACAAGUUUGACUCUUUUAUCACUCAACCACCAAAUGAUAUCUUCUUCUCUGUUGUUGUCUGUCAUUCUUGUAAGGUCUCUUUUGACUAUUAUGUUUUCGUGGGUCCACUUUGUCUUAGUUCAUAAAAAAAAAAACUCCACCGACGCCAUUAAAGGAGAGGACGAGAAGCACAACUCCACGUGGAACCACAUGCCAUUGUUCUUCUUCUUAAGCUCUAACUCACCGUACAACCUAUAAAUACAUAAUCUUGUUUAGUAUGAAGGCUUCCGUACUUUUUGAUUCUGUGUACUGCAUAGGACAUGUAUAGUAAUGCCACGCGGGUCUAUGUCCAUAUUAUAUGUGUGUUCGAUUAUUAAUCCUAUUAUGUUAAGU